UAUUCUCUCAGUAAAAAUACUGGUAGCCGAAAAACCCUAAAGCAAGAUAUGGGUUCUGAAGUUGAGCAAAAGCUUCCUGUCCUAGAUUUCUCCAAGGAGGCUCUGAAGCCAGGGACCAACUCAUGGCUCUUGGCAUGCAAAGAUGUUCGACGAGCACUUGAAGAGUUUGGGUGUUUUGUAGUGUUGUAUGACAAAAUCUCCGAUGAAUUUCGCAAUGCUCUCGUUGGUUCCCUUGAAGAACUAUUUAAUCUUCCUACCGAGACCAAAAUGACAAACAAAUAUGAAAAGCCCUUAAAUGGCUAUGUGGGACAAAUUCCCAAACUCCCUCUCCAUGAAAGCAUGGGCAUCGACUGUGCAACCAAUUUUGAGGAGACUCAAAAAUUCACAAAGCUUAUGUGGCCUGCUGGAAAUGAUAAAUUUUGUGAAAGAGCAUAUGCGUUUGCAAAUGUGGCGGAGGAGUUGGAUCAAAUGGUGGCUAGAAUGAUAUUUGAGAGCUAUGGUGUGGAGAAGUAUUAUGACUCAUAUGUUGGAUCGAUCUCUUACCUUCUUCGGAUCUUGCAAAAUAGAUCACCCAAAGAAAAUGAGCACAAUCUUGGCUUCGUCGCUCAUACUGACAAGAGCUUCACAACCGUACUUUAUCAGAAUAAUCAGGUCAAUGCUCUGGAGGUUGAAACAAGGAACCACGAAUGGAUUAAAGUAGAGUUUCCACCUUCAUCCUUCAUAGUCAUGGCGGGUGAUGCCCUAAUGGCAUGGAGCAAUGACAGGAUAUUAUCUCCUAAUCAUCGAGUUAUUAUGAGUGGGAAUGAAACAAGAUACUCGUUGGCACAGUUUGCAUUUAGCAAUGGCGAGAUACAUGUACCCGAAGAGCUUGGCAAUGAAGAACGGCCAUUACGCUACAAGUCGUUUGAUCAUCCUGGACUACUACGUUUCUUUCGCUCUCAAGAUGGUUAUAUUUCAAACAGUGCUAUAAAAGCCUACUGUGGUAUUUGAACUAAACCUUGCAGCUAUGAAGUAUAUUGCUAGCUGUGGGUAUAUUGUUAUUGUGUGCUCAUUUCAAGUGUUGGUUUGCUGGAUUGUCUAAUAGUACUAUUGUAAUUGUAUUUUUUUUUCUUUUUGGUUGUGCGUGGCUCUAUUUCUUAUUUGUUUUUUUUUCGUACGGAUAUGAAAAUUAAUAAAUUUGUAUUUCCUAAGAGCAAGCUAAUUAUAUGUGUGCAAAAAGCAUUUUUCUUAACUGUCAUCAAUGUGAUACAUUUGCGCCAUUGCCAAACAUUGAGAAAAGAAUACUAUUACACCAAGAGACGGACAUUUAUUUAUUUUCCUAGUUAAAUCAUACCAAGAGCUAGUUGGUCAUUACUAGUGAUUCCAAAUUGUGAACUAAAUAAAGAGAGGAGGAUAUAUAUACUAAUUACUAAGGACAAGAA